AAAUACGGCUUAUAGUAGCCUAUUUUAUAUGAAGUUUGAUAAUAGAUAGCAAAAACAUGAUUAAAAUAUCAGCGUUUAAUGUCGAAUCGGAAGAAGAAAGUAGUUCGGAAGAAGAAAUAACGAAAGAAGCUUUACAGCAGAUAGCUUUACAGCAAUAUACCAAAGCUCUUGAUUUGCAUAAAAAAGGAAAUAUUUCUGAGGCUACACAACUUUUGAAGGAUCUCCUGGACACUGAAUUAUUGUACGAUGUCAAGAAACCGAACGAUGGAGAGACAGUAUCUGGGCCUUUAUUCAAUUUAAAAUAUUUGUGUUACAAAAAUCUCGCGUCGAUGUUAAACGCGGCCGGUGAAAAUGACGCCGCUAUAGAAGCUUACACUGCGGCUUCUGAACUGGACGACACAGAUGUUACACUCUGGUAUCGCUUAGGGUUAGUAUGCUUGCAAGGAAAACACUAUGAAAUGGCACUUCAUGCAUUCCAAAAGGGUAUUGAACGUAAUCCGCGACAUUGGCCUUGUCUUGAUAAAAUUAUAAUACUUUUAUUGGGCUUAAACUAUAAAGAACAAUGCUUAGCUACUAUUCAUGAUGCUUUACAACUAGAUCCAGACUAUAUGAGAGGUAUUGUUUAUAGAAGACACAUAUAUACUGUGUACAGACACAUGAGAGAAUAUAUGGAAUGUAUAAACCCAAUUUAUAAAUGGAACGAAGAUGAUGAGCCAAUUGAUGACGAGAAAGCAUUGAAGUUACUGAAGGAAGCUGAAGAUAUACAUGAAUCAUUCAUUGAACAACAAAGAGCAGAAACAUUUAAAUAUAUGGUUCCUAAUUUAAAACUGAAUAAGCCAAUUACGAGAUUAUGUUGGGCUUCCGUUGGCGAGUCUUUAGUUCAUAUGCAUAAGUAUAUGACUAAGUACUGUUUUAGUCAUGCAUGUUUUAUAGAAAUUAUUUAUGAAAAAGAAAGUGAAGAAGUUAAUAAAAUGGAUGUUUGUGAAGAAUUAAAAUCAAACUCGACGGAAAGUAAAGAAGAUACAACGGAUAAAAAUACUCCAGAGACAGUAGUAGACAGCGUAAAUAAUGAUUUAUCUGAUAAGGAAAAACCAAUAACUGACAAUGAAAAAGUGGAAAGUGACAUAGAGAUGGUGACUUCAGAGCCCGUCAUGGAGAAUGUUUCAGAAAAUAAAGUGCAAAAGAAAACUUCGGUGAGACGGAGAGGUAGUGCCUUAAUAUCCCUAGAACCUUGGGAGUGGUGCAAACGUAAAUCAAAUCGUAAGAAACCCGUAAAAGAUACCAUCUAUGAUACACUGCGUAAAAUGGUACCUGUUGCCUUAGGACCUGAAAUUACACAAAUGAAUGAAAAUCAAGAUAAAGAAACGUCUCCUGAAAUAAGUGAUCUAAAUAAAUUAUUUGAGGAAAAAGAGAAAGGAGUGAAUGAUGAUGAUUAUUUUGGUACUGAAAAUGAACAAAAAGAUGUAAAAAGUUUUAUUAAUAAAUAUAUAGAAAAUAAUAAAGAUAUAAUUGACAUGUUAAACGAUUAUAUAAAUAUUUUAGCCGAGAAGUGGAGAAUUAAAUGGCCUGAGGAUCUGUUGAAGAUAUAUGCAGAGGCAAAUAAGUGUUAUAGCAAUCAUAUUGAUAUUCCUGCAUGUACAGAUGACAACCAUCAAUGCUUAGUACAAUAUACAUUGGCUAAUAUGCUCACCGAAGAGAUUAUUGUCAAUGAAAAAUUAAAUAUUGUUUCAGAUGAAGUGCCUAUACAUGAUUUGAAUGUCAUUGAAUCUAUAGAAGUAAUAUUAACAUUAAAACCUAACAUAUAUCCUAGCAUUGAAUGCUUGGAGAUGAUUCUUCGAUCUCUUUGGCUUAAAUUACAUAUUCAUAUAUUAAAUAAGUGUGAAGAUUUAGCUCUGGAGUGUCUGUAUCAGCUUCUGAGUGAAUUUGAAGCGAUGGGAGAACAUCAUGAUACAUAUAGUUUAAACCUUGUCAACUUCAACUAUAAACCUGAUAUUAAUGAAAAUGAAAUCUUAGAAUAUAUUACAUUUUUAGAAAGAAAUAAGAAACUUUCAACAGUAAUGGAUCUGUAUAACCAAGGGAGCUAUGAAGAAGUAUUGAGCAUUAUAAUUGAGUCCUUUGACCAUUGUAAAACCAUUGCCCGGGAACAAGAAGAGGAAAUGUGCCUAGAUUUUGCUGUCCAGCUCUCCCUCAUACUGGACACAUACUGGGCUUUGGAUAAAGUGGAAUGCUGUUUUAAAUGGACUUUGACAUGCUUGCACGAGGCCCUCAAGCAUUAUUUUCGUUAUACAUCCGGUACAUCUGAUUAUGAAAAAUGGAAUCUUACUGUCAUUAAAAUAUUAAAAACGAUGGAACAUAUACUUGCCACUGAAGGGCUGACGUGCAUAGAAAUGGUGACCCAAAAAGAGCUAAGUAGGGGACUUGAAGAUUUAAUAAGGAUAAUUGGUCAUCAAGUCGAAACAAAGGCAUCCGAUAUGCCAUUUGAUACUGUUUCUCCUUGGAUUAUAAUGCAUUACAUUUUACAAAGGGAAGAAGAUCAAGGAAGAAGCAGGCCUGUCUCGGAGAAAGAUGCGAUUGAAUAUUGUGACGAAGUACCUAAUCCAUUAAAAGUAUUGUUUAUAGCUCAUGAUCAAUUAGGAGAAAAACAUUGGUGUUGUAAAUCAGACGCAAAACUUCUUUUUUUUAUUUUGGACACUGUCGUCCCUCGUCUCAGAUCACCGUCACUUGCCAAAUCUUUAGAGCAAAUUAAUCAGUAUAUGGAACAGUGUGUCUUUUGUCUAUAUGGUCAUAAGGGCAAAAAAAAGAAUUAUCUCAAAGACCAUCAAGUCACACAUCUUACAUUGGAUUGGCAUAGAGCUCAACAGCUAUAUGAAAUAUUUCGACCGACAGCUCUGCCUGAAUUGUCAGGAAAAUUGUCUGCAAUUUCAGCGGAUAUCGAGACAUUAUUCAAUCGUAUUUUAUCUUUAUUGCCAUCAGAGUGCGAUCCUUCCAAGUAUGUGGUGGAAACGGAAAAAUAUAUCAAGGGCACAGAGGACAAGCUGCCAUUAGUUCCUCCUUUAUUACCUUAUAAAAUGAAAGAUAUAUAUUUCUUAUUAGGCGACUAUUAUUUUAAAAAGGAAGAUUAUAAAAUGUCUAUAAAAUAUAACACGUUUGAUGUUGUGAUAAAUAACGAUCGCUUUAUCUCUUGGGCUCAUAUAGCGCUCGCUAAAGCGGCUAAUUUGGGCAAUGCGUUAAAGUUAUACAAAAAUUUUAACAGUGAAAGAGAGUUCCUCAAUCCUGCCAAAUCAACAAUACGAUGUUUUAAACGUUCCUUGGAGUUAGAUACUAAAACUAGUGAGAUGUGGAGAGAGUAUGGUAAUUUUGUUUAUAUAGUACAUUCUUUCUGCUCGAGACUCUUAAAACAAGCUAGCGAGUCAUUAAGUAUGGAGAGCUUUGAGGCUCUCGAGAAACAGAAAGAAGAUCUUUUGGAAACAACUCAUAAAUGUUUCAGUAUUGUAGAAGAUCUUAAUAGAACUGAUGUAGAUAAAUCGAACGAAGAUAACUGGUUAUUGUAUUACAUGUUAGGAAAAGUGGCUGAAAAGCAAAAUAAACCUCCUCUUGUUUACCUGAAAUUUUAUCUGAAAGGUAUCAGAAGUUUGCAAGAAGUAGGAGCUACGUACCCGACGAAAAUAAACUACAAUACGCCCACGCAUCUUAGUAUAAAAGUGCUAGAGUUGCACUACAGAAUGCACGCGUCUAUUCUAAAGUAUAUUGAGCAACACGAAAAUAAGCCAAUACCGUUAUCAGUGGGAAAAGUAUUUUUGAAUUGUAUAGAAGAAUGGCAAGAAGGACCUUUUACGAGAAAACCUAAGAAACAUAAUGGUAUGGAAAAUGAAAAUGAGUCUAAGAUAGAUGAAACACAAUCUAUUCAAGCGGCUAAUAUACUCAAGCGUUCGGUUAGUGACGCGGGCGAAGAUGACACACAUGAAGCUAAGCGUCUUAAGAUGGAGGCAGCUGCUGCAAAAGUAAGAAGAUCGGCUUCAUAUGACACUGAACAUAUUGGUUUUAAAGACUCGUCUAUACAAAGCGAAGGGCAAAUAAAGGAGACUAAGGAAAUUACUAACAUUGAAAAUGUUGAGACAAAUACAGAAAAAGACACAAAUGGUGAAAUACCAAAAAGCCCAAAAGAAUCUGACAAUAAAUCCGAAAAAACGAUAAAUGUGGAUAAAAAAGAAGAAAGUUCUAGUUCUUCUUCAUCAUCUUCUUCGUCAGAUUCAAACUCUAGUGAUUCGUCUUCUAGUAGUAGUAGUAGUUCUAGUGGAGAUUCUGAUACUUCGAGUAAAUCUUCUGAAGAUUCGAAACCACUAACAGAUGAAGAAAUAAUGAAAAUAGUAUCUUCCAGUCUGGAUGCUUUAGAAGAUUGUGCAAGUCGGUAUACGCCGCAUUAUAAGGCUUUAUACAGGCUCGCACAUUAUCAUUUUUACUAUAAAAAGGGUCGAGAUAUUGAACGGUGCAGAGAUCUCAUGCUAUCGACUUUCAUUUCAAGGUCAGGGCACAAAAUGAAUGGACUUUUUAGUGAAAGAAGAAAUACAAACUUUUUUAAUAAUAUAUGGACGAUGCGAAAUGAUGAAGUGGCCAGACCAGGUGGUUUUGCGUUUCAUAUGAAUCGUUCCGUAUUACUUACUUUAGAAAUAUUGAAAGAAAUAGAUGACCAUAAAACUUUACUCGAUUUAAGUUUGCAUUUACAAAGAACACCAGAAUUAGACAAGAAGUAUUUAAGAGAUUCUGAUAGAGAGGAUCUAGCGCAGCAAGCACUUUCACUGUGUGUUCAAUCACUCAGAGGGCAAUUGGUUAAGUUUAGUCAACAGGCUGAUUUAAAGAGUAACGAGAUCGAAAGGCAAGCCCUGAAAAGCUUAAUGGUUGAUAUUUAUAAAGCCCAUCAGAGAGCACAAAAGCAAUUAAAUUCUAAGCAAUUCACUAAUUUACUUGUCGAUGCCUAUAAGCUAAUCAGUGCAACACCCAUCGCAGAAAAUGUUAAUUUAGUUGACGUUAGUAUGAAAUAUUGCCAUUCGUUACUUCACACACACAAGCAGCAAGGUAUACGCGAGGCGAAUUUGGAGAAAACUCAGAAUUUGCAUAAGAAACAAAGCAGUAAAUCGGUUGACAGUUCUAAAGUUAUUAGAACAACUACGAGUCAGCCGAAAACAGAUACGAAGUCGCAAAAUGCAACAUCUGGAUCAGGCUUGCCCAAGAUAUCCGCACACGAAAUGGCAGCAGCCUUUCAAAAUUAUGUGCCAAUGUUGAAUGAUCCUGUUCUCUCUCAACAGGCCGCAGCGGCGUUGUCUUUAUCUUAUCUCAGUAAUAUCAGUGCCUUAGCCGGCUAUACGUCUUAUCAAAACAGUUUAACGUCAUCUCUACAGACCUCACUUCAAAAUUCAUUCCAAGCUGAAUUUUAUCGGCAGUUUUUGGGACAGAGUUUGUCUUCUUAUAAUAUGCCCCAACAAAAGAAGAAGCGUGGUCCGAAGCCUUCUUUAAAUCGUUCCGUUUCAAGUGGAGCCACUCAAAUGAAAACUACAAAAUCUUAUUCAGCUACAACUUCAGUUACCAAAGCUACUCCAACACCUGUGAUAACUAGUCUUCAAAAAUCUACGUCAAAUCCAAUAACCCCUAGCAUGGGCACAGUUCUGUCAUCAUUGCCUGCAUCAAUGACUGCGAAUCUAUCUUCGUUCGGGGCUAAAGUAUCCCAUGCUAAUCCUCACAGUUUAGUUCCUCAAGCGCAUAUGUCGACUGCAUCUACAGUUUCAACAUCGAUGCAUUCGAAGCCUCCGAUGCCACAUCAGCAAGUCAGUCCGGGGAAAACGCUGCAGGAAAAAUUGGCGGAAAGACAAAAAAGUAUGCCUUCAGGGAAGAUUGCUCCUCAAGAAAUUAGCGCAUCAAUAAGCAGGCUGCCGCCUUCCUUGACGAUAACUAAAACGGCUAUGUCGAAACAUCCGUCAGAUCAGGGCAAGAAAAAUGAUGCCAAGAAAUCUUUAUCAUUCAGUGAAAUUGAAGUAAGGCCAAAGCCCAUAUCUUCAGAUGAAGUGAUUGUGCUCGAUGACGAUUAGCGUGUUAAAAUACUUAUUUAUACAAAUAAAUUUAAGGUUGUAAUGAACUUAUUAUUAAAGUGUACUUCAAUAUCUACAUGGAUAAUAUAUAU